AUACUUUUGGCGGGUCUUCCUUUAGAAGGUAUUUUUCUAAUCUUUUGUUGUUAUGUUUUUGUUUUGUAGGAUGUCGACUUCUCUUGAACAUUUGCUUGACAAUUUUCAUGUCGAUAUGACUGUAGAUAUGGGCGAGGUCACCAGCGGCGUUCCCAAUCCCUCUACAAUCGCCGUGCCGAAUCCGACGCCUGAUUCGGUGAAUCCUGAUCUUGAUCCUGCUUCUGGCGAUCAAGUUCCUGCUGCGACUUCCGAGUCGCCUCUGCUUCCUUCGAAGGAGUCAGGUCCUUCUCUGAAGGGGUUGCCUACCGCCGGCCAGAAGCGUCCUGCUGAGGACCAGGCUGGAGCUUCUGCCAAGCGUCCCAAGAAGAAGAAAUCUUCUGGGGUGUCUAUUGAGGAGGCGCCUCGGUUUGCUGCUUGGGCGGACGCGCAAAAUCCGCCUCGUCUUUCAAAUGUCGCCAUUCUUCAUGCUUGCAUGGAGAAUAUUAUGAUAAAAGAGGACAUUGAGUCCAUUGAUCGCGAACAUGGCGACAAUUUGGCUGAGUUCGCCUGUCUCGGCGGUUUUUCGGUGGUCCAGUCCAUCGCUGUUUUGGAGCGCCGCCGAAGGGAUGCGGUGGAUCAAUUGAAGAAGCUCCAGAGAGAUUCCGAAUCCUGGCUCUCCGAGAAACAAAAGAUGGAGGAUGAGGCUGGCGAGGCGACUGGUCUGAUCCAACAGCUGAGGUCCUCCGUAUCUACCAAGACUCGGGAGAUUUCCGCUCUAGAGGCUCGGGUUCGAACUUUGUCCGAGGAAGUCGAGUCUCUACAAUCUUCUUCAGGUGCUCUCACUAAGGAGAGGGAUGAUCUGAAGAAAGAAGAGGGGCGUCUCCGCCGGCGAUUGGGUGACUCUGGGAGCUUUUAUUCCCAAGUCAUGACUCAAUACCGGUUGGCGAUCGGGGCAAAGCUGCGGGAGCAGAAUCCUGGCGUCGAUCUUUCUGGAGUCAAUCAGUUGGAUCCUGCUUCUUUGGCGAAGGAGGUGAAGGCGAAGCUUGAUAAGCAGAAGCAAGACACUUUGAAUAAAGCUUAG